UUUCGAGCACGUUGGCUGAAACGACCAUUGUACACGAACACGACGACCCUAGAAAAGACCUCGAGGACGAAGAGUUUCUCACCAGACGGCCAGACAGCUGCUGACUACUGCAAGCACCUGGCACCACACCUGGCAAACACCUGCAGCUCCGUUACGCCGGUUGGACUUCGCUUUCUGAACACAAGCAUGGCAGGUGUCCAGCUGUUCACAACCCUUCUCCUGAUGACUGUCGCCAUGGUUACCAUAGCAACUGCUCUUCCUUCUGGUCAUAAACUGCUGGACAACUUGAGCCAGGACUCCGCUGCACGACUGGUUGGUCACCGACGAGUCACCAGGGAAGUGCCGAGACUGUCCAUUGACCUGUCUCUCGGCACCCUGGCCAAUGCGAUGCGCAAGCAAGAACUGGCCGAUGACUUGGAGGACCUGGAGCUGAUGAAGCAGAUCGGCAAGAGGAACUUCGCAGAGCCCGCUUCUUCCAACGCCUUGCGCCUCCGCAACAGCGACGAUGUCUCGGCGGAGGAAGACGCUUUCUCAAAGUACUUCGUGAACAUCCUAAAGAAUCGCUUGCGAGAAAUCUAGUGCCUGGGAGAAACGGAGCUCUGCAGGGUGAAAGCCUUAAGGAGUCGUCUUUUUGCCAAGAAGAAAACUUAUAAAAAUAAAAUCAACAUUUUGGACAAAUGCAGGCAAAAUGACAAGCUGGGAUUUUACUUUACGAGACAUUACAAUGUUAGUGUGAUUUUUCAUGUAGUCACGUAGUUCGUAACUAUUUUACUAGCAUCUUAAGAACAGAUCGAGGAAACCCAACAAUAAGUUCAAAAAAAAGAGAACAGCCCCUCGCCAGGCCACUAAGUAGCGGAAGUAUGUGAAAGAUCACGUGGUUCUCCUAAAAUCCCACUUCACCGGUAAUCACAUCAGAAUAAUAUACAAAAUGCAAUUUCCAUGAGCUGCAUAGGGUCGUCAUUGUGUCACCAAGGUGGCGGCUGACAUCUCACCCACAUUUUCCGAAAGUAACAUGGCUACACUGACUACUGAAAGAAGAUUUGUUGCUCAGAUUCCUCCUUGUAAACAGAGAAAAAGGUAGAGUGGUGGUGGGGCUGGAGUAGUUGUGGUUAUGAAUUAAGAGUGAAUACAAAACGAUAAGAACAGUAUUAGAAAUUUACCUUAACCUAGCAUGAAGCAUAUCUCAGAGAUUUCUCCUUUUGGUUUGACAAAAUUGGAAAAAUAAACAUUAACAACAGUUAA